AUGUACGACAGCGUGGAAAACUUGGCAUCGAUGGUUUCCAUUGGACUCGGUCUUCCCGAAACCACUUUCCAACACGCAGGAGAUACAACCGCAUCGAUCCUCGCGCCGACAGUAUUCAACCUUGUGAAAGACAGUCAGAAAGACACCAUUCUGGCCGGGUUCCACACGGAUCCCAAUUUCUGCCGGCUCAUGGCCGAUCGCCUUUCCCUGGUCUGA